GCAGUUGUUGCGUGCACCCGAAUUUCCUCUCUGUCAAUGUCCGUACUUAUCAUUAACGAAGAUUAAAAAAAAAUCACAAUGUAAAGUUCGUUUUUAGCCCCAUUUGUUUAAUGAAAGCGCAAAACCCAUACCCAUCUCCCCUAAACAACCCCUUUGUACUUAACCGGAUUAAAAUCCAUACCAUCCAAAUCUCGUUUGUCAAUCACUCCUGUCACAACCAUGGAAGACGGUAAGUUGAAUUAAUAACGGGGUCACAGUGCAAUCCCUGCCUCGCAUUAUCAAUAACGUAAUAAGAUUCGAAUUUUCCGUCACGCCAACAAUCCCGGGCACGCGAUUCUUGGAAUUCCCUCAUUCCAUUCCCAGCUCGCCCAGUUGGUUCAACAAGUUAAUUGUUAUGAUCGCGCCCGCGACGAAUUCCCCAGAUUUCGAGUACGUGGUGGAGCGAAAGCCGCCCCAAGCCAUCUGCUUCGGCUCCAGGCUGCCCCGAAACACCAACCUCAUCGGCAAAGGGUUGUCCGGUUACCAGAAAAUGCAAGCCAUGGAGCUGUUCCCCAACAUCGGGCCCGGCCAGUACAACACCCAGAAGUACAAGACGGCGAUGGAGAGGGUGUUCCGGAAGGUGGCGGGCAAGGGCGCGGGGGCGCUGGCCAGCAACGAGCCCAGGUUCAGGGACAAGAUUUACAUGCGGACGCCGUCGCCGACGAGGUACAACGUGGCGGCGCCGUGGGGGCCCCAAAGCGCGGGGAAGGCGCCGUUCGGGAGCAAGUCCAGGAGGGUGACGAUGGCGGGGGAUAAGCUACCAGGUCCCGGGACGUACAAUAUAGCUACGAAGAAGUGUCGAAGGACGCGGUUCAUGUACAAUUUUGGGCACCCGACCAUGAUACCCUCGAUCGAAAUCGUGUGUGUGAGUAGAGCCACGGACACUUGUGUCAAGUGCGAGCAGAUCUGCGCUGGUGACUACUGGCACAAAGAUCACGCCAUUUUCUUGUGCCACUUGUGCUGGGAAGAGGAGAAGCGCGGCCGCGAGCUCUACAACGAGAAAGAACUCAACACUUUCGAGAAAAUCCGCAACUGCUUCUUCGCCCACGACCACGAAAACACCACCGCCGCCAUCCGCCGCCUCCCUCCCUCCAAAAUCAACAAGAAACUACGCUUAGAAAAUUACUUAGACCUUUAUAUUAAAUGUUAAACGUAAAAAUGCACACU